CUGAAUAAUCAAGAGGGGCUCAAUUCCUCGGGCUUCCGGCUCCCCAUUUCCGCGUUGGAGUCGCGUGCAAUUUUUGUGAGGCAGACGAAACUUCAGCUCACGGUGGCCGGUGGGCACUGCAAGGAUGCUUGAGGAGUUCUUCGCUGGUGGGCAAAUGGAUUUUACGCGCCACCAGUCCCAACCUCUUAUGUUCCUCUCCGGUCCUCCUUCUUGCGGGAAAACGUCUUUACUGUUCCAGUUCGCAUUCAACAACGCCAUAGCUGAGACUAAUGAAGGUGCCAAAUCUACCGUGGUCUUCAUAUGCAACCGCAGCAGGCUAGAAAACAAACCCCCUUUUCUCUGUCAGGGCGUUGAUCCAUCUUCUGGCACCUUUCAACGCAUACAAAUGAAGUAUGUGCAUGAUGAUGAAGGCAUUAAAAAGUACUUUGCUGCAUUCCACCUGUAUGAUAAAUUUCCAGUAGCAGUUGUUAUUGAUGAUUUUGGAGACUUUUUCAGUGAAAGGACCUGCCAACAGAGAUAUCAGAAUCCUCGCGGAAGAGACUUAGCGAUGGUUCGAACUCUUGCUUUGUGCCACAACGCAGUAACGCAUGCAAAUGAGAAAGGUCAUUGCAAGCUUUUGCUCUCUGAUACCCACCACGGAGACUCCCCGAGGUCGCUCUUCAUCUAUAAAAGAUGGGUUUCAUCCAUUUUCACCAUCAAAGGUGAUGGCAAGGGAUCAUUUCUUCUAAGAAGACGCAGUAAUUUGGAAAGUGGGAGCUCUGAGAGGACAAGGAUUGCCAAAUACUCUAUAGCUCUUCAAUAUUUAUUUCUGGAGGGGAUCCUCGAAGAUGAUGAGAAUAAAACGUAGUGUUGCUUCAGUGCAUGUAAAAGUAGUAAGUGCUUGAUGAAUAUCCAACUUCAAAUAACCACAUGUAAAUUACAAUUCUUUCUGAUGAUAUGAGUUGUAAAAUCUACGGAAAAACUUGGUAAUGAAAUGUUUUCUUUUACCUUAA